UAUUUUCACAUGCCUUGCCAACCAUUACAGCUACAAACGGAAGUUCUCAGUUUACAUUGAUUUGUUGUUGUAAACAAUACAGGUGUCAUAAAACACAGUGUUGGUUAACGUUUUUUUCUUGUUUAUGAAAACAGCUGAGCAUAAACAAAACAAAAUUGAAAAAUUUACAAUUUGUUUGUAAAAAUUCUACAGUAAAAUGUGUAAAAUAAUUAUUUAAAAGCUAAAUAUAUAUUCUAUAAAAAUGUCUACAACUUUAGAACGUUGUCCCGGACAAUAUUGUGGUCGCAUACAAUUAGAUAAUGAGACCUGGAGUGAUUGUGGUCCCUGUCCACGGGGAUUUCGUGUCAACGAUAGUUAUGCCUGUACCCAAUGUGAGGAUGAGCUAGAUGCCUAUUCCUGGUUUUAUUUAGGCUUUAUGGCCGCUUUACCGCUAAUGAUGCACUGUUUCUUUAUAGAUUUAGAUGCCAAGGAUAGAAAAUUUUCCCGCAAGCAGUUGAUUUUAACUACUUGCGCCUGUCUAGAAGUUAUUAUUUCCGCCAUAGCUGCUGUUCUUUUAAUGGAACCUAUGGGUGAAUUUCGUUUAUUUGCCUGUCCUGUGCGCAAAUUUUCCGAUUGGUAUACUCUUUUUUAUAAUCCUGCUCCUAAUUAUGAGAAAUCUUUACAUUGCACUCAGGAGGCGGUGUAUCCUUUGCAAACCAUUAUUUUGGUUUUCUAUUUUUUGUGUUUGGUUACCAUGUUUAUUAUAAGACCUCUGGUUAGCACUCUAUUGGAGGUGAGGGGCAAGGCUCCUAUUUAUGCUGCUUUAUAUUUUCUGCCUCUGAUAACGUUUAUUCAUGCCUUGGCUUGUGGUUUAAUAUACUAUUCAUUUCCCUAUAUGAGCAUUGCUAUAUCAAUGAUUGCUAAUGCUAUACAUUACUCCAUGAAAUUGGAUCAAUCUUUUAAAGCUCUGAUCAAAUCUUCUUGUUUGGAAAUUAAAAAUUUAGUUAUAAUAUGCAUACAAUGGCUGUUAUUAGCCUAUGGCAUUAUAGCUUUAGGACAUCACUAUGCCUUAUUGUGUUUAGUGCCCUUUCCUUCAAUAUUCUAUAUAUUAACUGUACGUUUUACCGAUCCAGCCGAAUUUCGAGAAAGUGAAGCACGCAGCAGUUAAGAUGAAGAAGAAAGAAAGAUGCGAGCUAUAUAAUUACUACAAUCAAAUCCAUUAAAAACCAGCAAUUAAGUUUUGUUGUCAAUAAAUAAAUUAGAAAGUGAUUAAGGUAAGUCGAAACAAGGCUUUCCAUAAGUAUUUGUAUAACACAGCUAGCAUCCGUACUUUCUUAUCAUUUUCCUUUUUCAAUUUUAUAAAACUCAUUCGAAUUUCAGAAAUUUCAAGAAAAAGUUAUACUUACUUAUUUUUUUAAUCAAUUAAUUGAAAACAACAUUUAGUUUUUUUUUUUUAUAUAAUGUUUGUGUAUGUUUUUUUUAUUUAUUUAAAUUCUAAAUGUAAUUAUAAAUUAUUUAAAUACAUAUACAUUAAUCAUCAUUUUUUUUUCAUUCCCAUUGUUUUUAUGUUUGUUGUUUUGUUUAAAUCCAAUAUUAAUUCUUAAUUUAUACACAAUACAUGUUAUAGCUACAUAUUGUU